UUGCAAUUAUCGCCCUUGGAAAAGCUCCUUGGGAAGGAUCGCUCUGUCAUUUCGGUCAUUGCAGUCUGUUUGUCAUUGUCAUCUCAACAAACAAUGUACAGGAAGUAAGAGCGAGAAAGAAACCUUCAACCUUUUCAGAAAGAAAAAAACCUUCACCCUUUUUGGUCCUCCCUUGCUCGUCUCUUAACUAACAAAAACUCUCUCUCUUCACGGAGAAUGGAAUUUGCUGAAGAAACCCUAAUUAUUGCAGAGGAGCUCCGCUUUGAAGGUAUACCGACUACCGUUAGCCUGUAUAGAGAUGGAACAAUAUGCUGGAAUGGUCGUUGCUUCAAUUUGGACGCAGAUGUUUUGGGCUUUUGCAGAGAAGGGUCGGGUUUUAGGGUUAGGACUUUUUUGAAGAAGGAGAGUACCGGUUGUUUUGGUGCUAAUGGAGGUUACAGAAUGAGAAAAGACUUUGUUUUUGAGCCGCCUGGUGAGGGUUCACUUCAACGCUGGUGUGAUACGCUUCGAGAACACAUCGAUUCUUUGAAUCGACCAAAAAAUGUGUUUGUCAUUGUGAAUCCCUUUGGUGGAAUCAAAUCCGCGUCAAAGAUAUUUUGCGAGGAAGUGGAGCCAUUACUUGUUGCAGCUGAGAUUCAGUAUACUGUGCAAGAAACUCAGUUUCAACUUCAUGCAAAGGAAAUUGCAAACUCACUGGAUCUUUCGAAAUAUGAUGGGAUUGUCUGUAUCAGUGGAGAUGGUAUCCUGGUUGAGGUAGUGAAUGGACUGCUGCAAAGAACAGACUGGGAUUCUGCAAUUAAAAUGCCUCUUGGGGUAAUUCCAGCAGGCACAGGAAAUGGCAUGGCCAAGUCACUGAUGGCUUCAGUUGAGGAUCCUUGUGUGGCAGCAAAUGCAAUUUUUGCAGUAAUCCGAGGCCAUAAGCAACCACUUGAUGUGGCAACUAUCUCGCAAGGAAAGACAAGGUUUUUCAGUGUAUUAAUGCUUGCAUGGGGUCUUAUUGCAGAUAUUGAUAUUGAAUCUGAGAUCUAUAGAUGGAUGGGGAGUGUUCGCAUUGAUUUCUAUGGUAUCUUGCGAAUAAUGUGCUUGAGGAAAUACAAUGGAUGCAUCUAUUUUGUUCCUGCACCUGGCCAUGAAGCUGUUGGGGAUCCUGUUGACAACAAUGAUGUUUCAAACAACUUACUUAGGAGCAUGCAUGGUGACCAUGAUAAUGAUCCUAGAACAGAGUCUGGCUAUCCUGGACCGUCAGUAGCUUCGCAAAAUUGGGCGUGGAGGACAAUAGGAGGGCCAUUUAUUUCAGUUUGGCUUCACAAUGUGCCAUGGGCCACUGAAGAUACUAUGCCUGCACCUGCUGCCAAGUUUUCGGAUGGUUAUUUGGACCUGAUCUUAGUCAAGGACUGCCCGCGAGCAGCUCUUGUGGCAAUGCUGACAAAAAUGAAGGAUGGUGGGCAUGUUAAAUCGGAGCAUGUAUUAUACAUAAAGGUGAAGGCAUUUUGUUUAGAACCAGGGCAGCGUGUUGCAGAACCAGAGAAAGGAGGGAUUAUUGAUUCCGAUGGGGAAGUACUAGCCAGAGGGGAGGGAACAUUUAAAUGUAACCAGAAUGAUAUCAUGGCAUACGGCCCUCCUAUCCAUAUAACAAUACACCAAGGUUUGGCAACUCUGUUUUCCCCCAAUUAAUUUUUUAUUUUUCAUUUUUUUAAUAGAAAUCAAUUCAGGGAAGUUCUGAAAUCAGUUUAUUGUCACGAUGAAUAAAUUCUAUGCAUUAAUUAAAUUGAACAAAAAUAACGUGUUCUAUA